UAGAAAGAAAAGUGUAUUGGGAAUAAGAUUUGAGGAUUGGAUCGGGGUAACUAACUUUUUCUUUACAGCCUUAUGAACUAUUGGCUAUUUUACAAUGAGAGUAUAUUCCUUUUUAGUUUGAAAAAGACACUAAAGGAAAAAAAGCCAUAAAUGAAUAACAAUGACAAGGGAAAAAAAGUAAUAUCAGAUCUUUAGACUGGAGGAGGGAGAUGGAGGCCAGCAGGAAGAACAGUCUGGAAAUUACUGAGAUGAUCCAGAAAAGGGAGCCAAAUGUCUACGUUCAGCAGUGUCAGAGAAAGAGAGAUGAAUGGAUGGAUUGGAGAGAUAGGGGGCCAAGUCAAGAGGAUUGCGAGCCAGAGGAGUCUGGGGGUGAGGAGUAAGCUGGCUUCUCUCGUGCAUCCGGCCUGAGUCUCUGGAUGGACGGUUGUAACCAUAUACACGAAUAGUGAAUGUAGAACAAAGUCAGUUUUGGAAAUGGGAAAGAUGAUCAAUUCAGUUUGGGACAUCUUAAGUUGAGGUGCCUACAGACCAUAAAAACAGGAACGUCUAGGAGGCAGUUGGCCAUAGGUUGGAGGCUCCAAGAAUGUAUGACUUUAGUAUAUAUAAACAGUCAUCUAAGUCACAGGUGAUGAUAAAAUUGCUUAGAGAGAGAUAUGCCAGCAGUGGGAAAGGAGCAGGGUGGAGGGUGAAUCCACAUUUACCAAGAGGAAAGAGGAAAAUAAACCUGUUAGGAGACUUAGAAGGAGCAGCUAGAGGGGGAAGAGGAACACCACUGAGCGUGGUAUCAUGGAAGCACAGAAGCAGAAGGGGGAACAGCUUUCUAGAGUUGACGCCAAGUUAGAUAAGAAGUGAAAUGUGACCAUAGCCUGUUAGGUCGCUGGGGCCAGGUCUGGAGCAGUUUCAGAAGAGUGGUGGGGACAGACAUCAGGUUACAGAGGGGUGCAGAGUGAGUAGGGUAAGAAAGACUUGACCAUGAAAGGAAGGAGAAAGAGAAUUCUAGAUAUGGAGAAUAUCAGAUCAUGUAACCUAAGAUUUGUUUUUGGUAGUUGUUAGAAGAGAUAUGAUCAUGUCUAUGUGCUGAGGGAAAAAAGCCAAGAGAGGAUAAGUUGAAAGACCUAGAGGAGAGGGUAAAUAAUUGAUGAAACAGGGCAUGGGGGUGGGGCUGGAGUCCGGAGUCCAGGUGGAGAGAUUACCUGGGACAGGACAGAGAGAAACACUUUUCCCAUCGAGAACAGAAAGAAGAAAAAUGGCUAUUGCAUUAAUUAGGGGGCUAAGAGAUCAGGAGAAAAGGUUUGAAGAAGUCUUGGUGGGGCUGAAAAUCCAAACCUCUACUGUGGAUGUAGAGUGGAAUCUCCACCCAAGAAGGUGCAACUGUUCAAUGUCAACCCUCCAGAAUGAAGAGCUUCGAAACUUGUCUCUUUCCGGCCAUGUUGGAUUUGACAGUCUCCCCGACCAGCUGGUCAACAAGUCGACUUCUCAAGGAUUCUGUUUCAACAUCCUGUGUGUUGGCGAGACGGGCAUUGGCAAAUCCACGUUAAUGGACACUUUAUUCAACACCAAAUUUGAAAGUGACCCAGCUACUCACAAUGAACCAGGUGUCCGGUUAAAAGCCAGAAGUUAUGAGCUUCAGGAAAGCAAUGUACGGCUGAAGUUAACCAUCGUUGACACUGUGGGAUUUGGAGACCAGAUAAAUAAGGAUGACAGCUAUAAGCCGAUCGUGGAAUAUAUCGAUGCCCAGUUUGAGGCCUACUUGCAAGAGGAAUUGAAGAUCAAACGUUCUCUCUUCAACUACCACGACACCAGGAUCCACGCAUGCCUCUACUUCAUUGCCCCCACUGGACAUUCGCUGAAGUCCCUGGACCUGGUCACCAUGAAGAAGCUGGACAGUAAGGUGAACAUCAUUCCAAUCAUUGCAAAAGCUGACACCAUUGCCAAGAACGAAUUGCACAAAUUCAAGAGUAAGAUCAUGAGUGAACUAGUCAGCAAUGGAGUCCAGAUAUAUCAGUUCCCCACAGACGAAGAAACGGUGGCAGAAAUUAAUGCAACGAUGAGUGUCCACCUCCCUUUCGCAGUGGUCGGCAGCACCGAGGAGGUGAAGAUUGGCAACAAGAUGGCAAAGGCCAGGCAGUACCCCUGGGGUGUGGUGCAGGUUGAGAAUGAAAACCACUGUGAUUUUGUGAAACUUCGGGAGAUGCUGAUCCGUGUGAACAUGGAAGACUUGCGAGAACAGACUCACACCCGCCAUUAUGAGCUGUAUCGGCGCUGUAAGCUCGAAGAGAUGGGGUUCAAGGACACCGACCCUGACAGCAAGCCCUUCAGUCUUCAGGAGACAUACGAAGCAAAAAGGAAUGAAUUUCUGGGAGAACUUCAGAAGAAAGAAGAAGAAAUGAGACAGAUGUUUGUCAUGAGAGUGAAGGAGAAAGAAGCUGAACUUAAGGAGGCAGAGAAAGAGCUCCACGAGAAGUUCGACCUCCUAAAGCGGACACACCAAGAAGAGAAGAAGAAAGUGGAAGACAAGAAGAAGGAACUGGAGGAGGAGGUGAACAAUUUCCAGAAGAAGAAGGCGGCAGCUCAGUUGCUACAGUCCCAGGCCCAGCAGUCUGGGGCCCAGCAAACCAAGAAAGACAAGGAUAAGAAAAAUGCAAGCUUCACAUAAAGCCUGGCAAGCCAAGGAUGGUCCGCAUUCACCUGCUUUUGCAGUAAUAUUAUAUCUCUGCCAUCUGUGUCCUUUUAUUUUGUUUUAUUUUUAUUUUUUUCCCUUUCCCAGACACCAUAUAACUAUUAACUCAUUUUGCUGAAUGUUGUUUGGUGGUGGAAAAUGAUAGAAAAAGGGGAUAACAGCAAAAGCUAUGUGCAGCCGGACUUUGUUUCUGGAAAGCAAAUCAUUUGCCUUUUAUGCCUGUUCAGAGUGGCAGCAGGAAGCAUGCCUGUUCUGUUACUUUUAUGUUGCUUUGGACCAAGGGAAGGAGGCUAAAUUGCUACAUGUACGUCUGACAGGAAAACUUUUCACCGCCUCAGCAGCUGACUAUAAACCUGAAUAGCCAUGACAACUUGCUCUCCUUGAUUAUUCGUCUCCAUGACGCAAAAGGCCCUGAACUCCCUCUGUCUCUUUUCCACACCUGCCCCGAACCAAGGUAGCUUUGUAUGUAGGCAGAACGGUGGGUAAGCUUUACCUGACUUUUACCCUUGCGUGGAGUUUUUUUAUUACUAUAACAACAUCAUUUGGCCUGGGUUGUGGGUCUGUUCAGACUGACUGCCUCCUCUUAUGGCUUUAAAAAUGUGUCUGAACCCCUGUGUCUCGAAUCCUGGCCAAGUGGGGUUGUAAUAAGAAAAUGAUGAGUCUGUUCCCUUGUAUCAGGGCAACCAUGGCCCUCUCACAGAUCAUACAACCUUGUUUAGUAGAAGAAUCUUCUACUAAGGAUGACGGGCUUUCCACAACCUGCCUACUACUUACAAGAUCCAGUCUUUUCAUAAACACACCUAAAUCUGCUCUCAGUAGGCUGAGAGAGGAGGGCCUAAUGACUGACUCCAGGGUAUCGAGUGCUUCUAAUAACAGUUUUCAAUAAUUAUGAGGAGAAAUUUUCCAGCAAUAUUUAAAAUAGAAAAUCUGUUAUAAACUGUAUCAUCUGCAGCACAAGUUUGAGGGGGCCUUGUCAACUUAAGGUAGAAGUGGGAAGGAACAUAAUAUAAACCCACAAGUCAAGAAAGCAGAAAUUCAGCUUCACAUCCAGUUUCCUUGCAUAGUCUCUUUUUGAUAUUUGCAGUAAAGGCAUGAUGGAAUAGAACAGCUGGUGUUUCAAAUCCACUUGUCUUGAAGGAAUUUCCUCACCUUUUCCUUCACGAAGACUAGCUCUACCUGCUCUUUGCGUUUAAGGCCCCAGUGCCCCAUCGACAAGGGUUAGGACUUAACCAUAUGGCAGGACAUAGACUACAUGCCAAAUUUGUAUGGAAAAGGGCAUAUCUAAUUUCUUUUCUGUACUUUUCCUUUUUGAGGCUUAUCCUUUCAUUUCCUUGAUUUUUUUCCCCCUCUAAUAACAAGAUACUCGCAGCUUUCUCUCUAACUCCGUAGUCUCCUGUUUCUUACUUGAAAGAAUAACAUUUCUCACGAACCUGAUACUUCACCUCUGCAUUUUCCUUUUGGCCUUCACUAGUCAUACAUUAAUCAAAUAGGAUAGAAUACACACACACUUACACACACUUUUUUUUUUUUUUUUUUAAUAAGUCUCUAAUUGAUUCCAAUGAAGACUUUUUUCCCUUCUCUUUAUCCUCAACCACACUAUUAUGGGACAGAAGGAAUGGUCGUCCAUGAACUGAUUUAGGCUUAAUUAGGCAAAGUAAGAAAUCAGUUUCAUGGAAGCCGAAACUAAGCUGGGAUACAAACUGCAAACCAGAAGCAGCAACAGUGAUAUAAAGACAGGCUUAGGAGCUACUGGACCAAUGUUUUUGUUUUUGCUUUUGCUUUUUUAAUGAUUCUAGUCUGAAGCUGGCUAUCAGGCAGCAUGCUGAUUCUAACCAUGGGCCGAGUUUGCUCAGAUGCUGUGCACCAGACAGAAGCUUGAACACUUGUGUUGUAUGCUUGUUCCAGCCAUUGCUUGUGUGAGCAUUUUCAUGCCUUGUAACAGGAAAUACACUUCUAAAUUCUAAAAAUGCAUCACUUUAAAAUUUUCAUUUUACGUGCAUCACUAAAGCCUUUUUAAAGUGAGCCUAGCCACGAAAGGCAUCCAGCUGACUUUUUGAUUCCAAGAUUGUUGAUUGACUGGAUUGAUUUUUCUUUUCCCAUUAAAUUUUUCACAGAAAAAUAAAUCAUGUGGAGAGUCAGGGAAUAAAAAGUCAAAGAAAACAUAUAAAAGCUUUUUUAAAAAAUGCAUUGCUUCUGAACUUUUUUCUGCCCCUGCUCCCUGGCCCUGUUUGGUUUGUUAUUGCUGCCCUCUCUUCUUUCUGUAUCUGUGCCUUUUUUCACAGUAGUCCUUGGCUCUGCACGGAAUAAAUGAUACCCUCAAAUCUAAUUGGAUGUGCUUUCGCCUUUGCAUGUAAGUACGGCAGUAAAAAACCUUUGAGACCUUUCUGACUUUUUAAAAUUAGAGAAACAAAUGGGAUAGAUGGAUUUUUUUUUCCCUGGAGGGGGGUAGGGAGGUAUUGGUUUGAGUAGUCUUUGUUUUUUUAAAAAACAAACAAACAAAAAACCUAAAUAUAUUUUAAAUGGCUCACAUUUAUAUCUUUUUUUACAAGAAACACAGAGAUUUGACUUUUCCUUGAUAUCCGUGUGCAAGUCAGAAAUUACUAACCCCAGUCUGUUCUACACAGCAUUGUGGGUUCAUUGGAUAUUAGAGGGUCCUUGGUUUGGUUUUUUUUUUUUGGUUUUUAGUGUUUCAUUUUUUUUUCUAGGUUUUUUGUUUUGGUUUGGUGUUUUUUUGUUUUUUGACUGCACCGCGCGGCUUGUGGGAUAUUAGUUCCCUGACCAGGGACUGAACCUGUGUCCUCGGCAGUGAGAGCGUGAAGUCCUAGCCACUGGACUGCCAGGGAAUUCCCAGAGGUUCCUUGGUUCUGACUGUGUAAGUAAAGUUAGAAUGAGAAACUACUGCCUUCCACUAGAGAAAAAGCAAGAGGAAAAUUUUUUUUAUGCUAGGCUCCCUUUAUGAUUGCUUAAUUUUUGGUGAUCUUGGUUUAAUGGUCUUUCCCUUGUGCUAACUACUGGCAGGGAGCACCUUUUUUUUUUUUUUUUUUGGUGAGCUCUUGCUGGCCUCUCCCCACAUCUUUUGUUCAACCAUAAUGACCAUCUUUUUGCUUCUUGUGGACUUUAGAUGCCCAUAACAGUUGUUAAGUGCGGUAGGAUGUGAUGGAAAAGCACUUAGGAGAAUUUACUGGCAGUUUAGAGACUAUGUUUUCCCAACUUAAGGCUCUUUAUUAAUUGGUCAAGGUUUUGUCCAGAAAGGUCACCUCAACCAGGGGAACGUUUAACAAAAUGCUGGGCACAGGUUACUCACCUUCCUCCUCUGCUUUGUGAUCUCACCAGCAGUAACACUUCAUAUCUUGUGCACCUCACAAAGACUCGGUUUCCUCACUUUCUUGACAUAUCCAUAAGUGUUUCAUAUACAAACUGUUGAAUCGGGUUUUUCAGCUGUUACCAACCCAUGUCAUACUGUCUCUGUGUGGUCCUACCAAAACUGUCCAUUCAGAUCCCUUUGCUUUCCCAUUUGCAAGUGUCUGAAGUUGUCAAGUCUCAGCUUCCAGAAGUCUCGGUUCCAUUGACAGGAUACAUGUGUGAUGACUCUUUAGGGGAAAUGAUGACGUACAAAGUCUAGAUUGUAUGUAGGUAUGAAGGGAAUUUUUAAAAUAAGUUGAAGAUUAAGCUGUGAACAGCAUUAGAACUUUGUCUAUUUCUUAAUUUUAAAAUAUGCUGAUAUGCCUUAAACUGUAGUUGUAGAUCAUUGUCAUUUUGCUGUUUGAAAAUAACCAAUGUGUUUUUAAAACUGUUAUGUAAUCUACUUUCAGUGUUAAUGCAGAAUUGUCAUAUAUGUAAACUGCAUGUUAGACACUUGUCUUUUUUAAAAAACUAAAAUAAUUGUAUUAAUGUGAAGCAUAUCAUUUUUUCAAGUAUGAAAGUAAUCACUUAGCAAACUUGCUUGGUAAUUUGGUGUCUGUUAAGGUAGGAGAGUGGCGGACAGGUAAUCUAUGCAUAUGUCACUAGUGCCAAGACAUAAAGUGGGGGAAAAUAUAUUUUUACCCAAACAUUGUGUGCCCUUUUGUGAGUUCUUUUUAGUGACUGUUUGACAUGCAAAUGUACACAUGCUUAUAAUAUUGGAUAAAAGAAAUAGGGAUGAAAGAG